GGUCACCAAUACCUGUGGGCAUUGAUGUGCAAGUAGAAAGCAUUGACAGCAUAUCUGAAGUUGACAUGGACUUCACAAUGACUUUGUAUCUCAGACAUUACUGGAAGGAUGAGAGACUGUCAUUUCACAGUAACAAAAACAAAAGCAUGACUUUUGAUGGAAGAUUGAUAAAAAAGAUCUGGGUACCUGAUGUAUUUUUUGUACACUCCAAAAGAUCUUUCAUCCAUGAUACAACUGUGGAAAACGUCAUGCUCCGAGUAUACCCUGAUGGCAACGUACUCUUCAGUCUACGAGUAACAGUUUCUGCUAUGUGUUUCAUGGAUUUCAGUAGGUAUCCUCUGGACACUCAGAACUGUUCUUUAGAACUGGAAAGCUAUGCAUACAAUGAAGAUGAUCUGAUGUUAUACUGGAAACAUGGAAACAAGUCCCUGAGCACCGAUGACCACAUCUCCCUCUCCCAGUUUUUCAUCAAAGAAUUCAGUGCUUCCAGUGGACUAGCUUUUUACAGCAGUACUGGUUGGUACAAUCGACUUUUUAUAAACUUUGCCCUACGGAGACAUAUUUUCUUUUUUGUGCUACAAUCCUAUUUCCCAGCCAUGCUGAUGGUGAUGCUGUCUUGGGUUUCAUUCUGGAUUGAUAGAAGAGCCGUUCCUGCCAGGGUAUCACUAGGUAUAACUACAGUGCUGACAAUGUCAACCAUCAUGACAGGAGUAAGUGCCUCAAUGCCUCAAGUGUCUUACAUCAAGGCUGUGGAUGUGUAUUUAUGGAUCAGCUUCCUUUUUGUCUUCCUGUCUGUCAUCGAAUAUGCAGCAGUGAACUACCUCACCACAAUUGAAGAGAGAAAGCAACUCAAAAAAAGGGGCAAGGCUUCAGGAAUGUAUAGCAUUGAUGCAGUGCAAGCGAUGGCUUUCGAUGGCUGCUUUCACGACACGGAUGUGGACAUGGACCUGACUGCUUUCUCAGACCGCUGUGAAGAGGAUGAGACUCGGGCACGUGCAGCCAGCGUCUCCAACGUGGGCACAACUCGCAUGAAGAGGAAGAAAUCUCUGAAGGGCAACGUGGGCAGGAUUAUUUUACAGAACAAUCAUGUUCUGGACACAUAUUCCAGGAUUGUAUUUCCCAGUGUGUAUAUUGUGUUCAACUUUUUUUACUGGGGUUUGUACAUGUGA